UUGUUCGUGACCGACCGAUCACGAGGCUGAUGGUGAUUUGGAGGGAUGGCUGUAAAGAAGGAGACAUGCUAGUACGUACACCUGUACCAUGCUCAGUUAUGUAUUGCUAGCGAUAUUGUCGGCGUCUAUGGCAGCUCUGUUCCUUCCUCGCCAGUGGUCGUUUCGUUUGAGAAGUAAAUCAACACCGACGCGGCUCCUGAGCAGCCAAGAGUUGUCGCUGUACGACGGAGAGAAAGGCAGCAAAGGCGUUUACCUCGCCAUACUGGGCCAGGUGUUUGAUGUACACGAUGGCCUCAAGCAUUAUGGGCCUGGUGGUGCUUAUCAUUUUAUGGCAGGAAAAGAUUCAUCGCUGGCCUUUGUCACUGGAGAUUUUACAGAAGGCGGCUUGACAGACGAUGUGUCCAGUCUGUCCCCACUGCAGGUCGUGGCCUUGUUUGACUGGCUGGCCUUUUAUCAGAAGACCUAUCAUACUGUAGGUUUGGCGACAGGUCGGUUCUACUCUGAAAGUGGAGAGCCCACAGAGGUCCUGUUGCACAUUGAAGCGUUGCUUACCGAGGGACGGCUAAUCAAAGCAGAGUCUGAGGCGAGGAUGCGUCAUUUCCCUGCUUGCAACUCAGAGUGGAGCUCUGCAAGGGGAGGAAGGGUCUGGUGCUCCACCAAAAGCGGUGGAGUAGAAAGGAGCUGGACGGGUGUCCCACGGAAACUAUUUUCUCCAGGUGCCGGCGGGGCCCGAUGUGUCUGUGUCAGGGACCAAUCAGCAGACGAGGAGAACCCCAAUCUCCAGGAAUAUGAAGGCUGUGCCACACAUGCUGGCUCGUGCUCUUUAGUAGAACACUAGUGUGGAAAAACGGACAUUCCCAUGACGGUUGUGCAGAAACUUCUGAAUGGGGAAGUGAUGUCCAGUGCCAGCAAGUCAAAGCAAACAGUCUUUACAACGAAUUAAAACCAUCUUUUCUUAGUUUUGCAUGA